AGAGAUGAGAGAGAGAGGCCACUUUUACCACUUUUAUAUGUUGCACGCAUCCAUAUAACAGCACAGGGAAAUACAAAAGGAAGGAAAGAGAUUAUUAUUGAGGAAAAGUGGGCGCCAAUUACAAGUUUUGAGCUCUGCAUGUGUUCUUCUUCUUCCGUACACAAUCUCUCUCUCUCUCUCUCUCCUCUUUUGUUAUCUUCUUUGUUCUGAGAUCUAGGGUUUCUUGGAUUUUCACUGUUUCCUUUUGCUCUGAUCGCUAACUCCUCAGACACGAAGGCCAUGCCCCUACCCUUUGAACAAUUUCAAGGGAACGGGGUCCUGGGUUUGUCUUCUCUCUGCUCAGAUUCUCCCUUUCAAGACAAAAUCUGGGCAACUUCCGAGGAAAUCUCUGAUGAUUUCUUCCAUCUGGUCGGAAAUAAUGGCGGUUUCCCUGAGCCGACCUCUGUCCUCGACGCUCUGAGAAGCCCGAGUCCUCUCGCUUCCUCCACCACGACCACGCUGUCUUCCUCCCACGGCGGCGCUGCCGCCGCCUCCGUCGCCGAUGAGAAAUGUGGGCAGAUAUGCUUGGAGGAUCUCGACGGAGUUCUCUCUGGCUCGCCGGUUCAAGAACAGAGCAUCCUCAGGCUAAUCAUGGGUGAUGUCGGAGACCCGGGUCCGGGGUUCGGGGCUUUGGAUCCGGGUUUCGGGUUCGGGUCUGGGUCCGGGUCGGUGAUUGACGGUCUCAAUCCUCUGUUUACUUGUGGUUUACCGCUUCAAGCUGCGUUUCAAGACCAACCCAUUGUUCCCUUUGAAGAAAAGCUUCAGAUUACGAAUCCUGAAGCUGUAAUAAACCAAAAUCCGACUCUUUUCUUUCCGGUUUCGAGCUCUCCGUCGUCUCCGCCGGCCAAGCGGCUCAAUUUGGGUCAAAACGGGUCUCAACCCGAUUUUCACCAGAGCCAGAAGGAUUUUCCGUUCUCGGAUCCGGGUCACGACCCGUUUCUGAGUCUCCGGCAGCAACCGCCACCGAGGCUGGCUGGUGACGGCCAGUCUGCAGUGAUCGAACAGCUGUUCAACGCGGCGGAGCUGAUCGGAACCGGCGGCGACUCCGUUCUCGCGCAAGGGAUAUUGGCGCGGCUCAAUCACCACAUCAACAACACUGUUAGUGACAGGAAGACUCCGUUUCAGAGAGCGGCUUUGUACAUCACCGAAGCUCUUCAGUCACUCGUCCUCUCCGGCUCCGCCUUUUCUUCUUCCCAGAAUCUGAUUCUGAAAAUCGCCUCUUACAGGGCCUUCUCAGAAGCCUCUCCGUUUCUCCAAUUCGUCAACUUCACGGCUAAUCAGGCGAUUAUCGAUUCUUUGGAAGGGUUUGAUCGAAUCCACAUAAUUGAUUUCGAUGUCGGAUUCGGUAGCCAAUGGGCUUCUCUGAUGCAAGAGCUCGUCGGAAGAAACAGGACACCUCUGCCGUUGAAAAUAACGGCGUUUGCCUCUCCGUCCACCGUCUCCGACGAAUUCGAGCUCCGUUUCGCCGAGGAGAGCCUUAAAAGCUUCGCCGGAGAAGUCAAGAUUCCGUUCGAGAUCCAACUCCUGGGUCUCGAUCUGCUUCUGAACCCAGCUUUCUGGCCUCUGUCUCUUCGCUCGUCGGAUAAAGAAGCCAUCGCCGUUAACCUACCCAUCAGCUCCGUUAUCUCAGGCUACCUCCCGUUAAUCCUCCGUUUCCUCCGGCAGAUCUCACCAAACGUCGUCGUUUGCUCCGACAGAGGCUGCGACCGCAACGACGCGCCGUUUCCAAACGCCGUGAUCCACGCGCUUCAGUACUUCACCUCUCUCCUAGAGUCCCUGGACGCGGCGAACCCAAGCCCCGACGCGGCGGCGAGCAUCGAGAGGAUCUGGCUGCAGCCGUCGAUGCAGAGGCUGCUGGUGAAUCGCCACCGAUGGAUGGAGAGAUCGCCGCCGUGGAGGAGCCUCUUGGGACAAUGUGGGUUCACGGGGGCGAGUGUGAGCCACGCGGCGGAGGCGCAGGCGGAGUGUCUGGUUCAGAGAAGCGGCGUGAGAGGGUUCCACGUGGAGAAGAGGCAGUCUUCGUCUUCUCUCGUCUUGUGUUGGGAAAGGAAAGAGCUUGUCUCCGUCUCUGCAUGGAGAUGUUGAAACAAAGUAUAUCGUCGUCGUAUGUUUCAUGUGUUGUGUCGUGAUCCUUUUUUUUUUUUAAUUUAAAUCUUAUCCGUUGAUUAUGGUAAGUUAUUAUUCCAUGUCUUCCCAGUUUAUCUUGUGAUCAAAAAAGACAUUAUAUAAAAUCUGCUUUUGUUAGA